UCAAGACCAGCAAGACUUCACAACGUUGAAAUCAAGUACGUACACACACACAUGUGAACUUAUGCGACUUAUGUUAUGAAACUACCUGCCUGAAAAAUCAAAAUAUGUUCCAUUUGACCACGUCUUCAAAGCUAUGUAUUUUGAGAUCGAAAUCUUCAUCGUGGAAAUAUUUUAGUACGUUAUUUGUGAAAGAUGGACCUUAUAAUUUUGUCGACGGACAGAAAACCCAUCCUAUUGAUUCAAUUGGAUUUACAAAUGUCGUGAAUCCUGCAACAAGUGUUGUUCUAGCAAAAGUAGCUGUCUCAGGAGCAAAUACCGUUGACAAGGCAGUCAAAUCAUGUGAAGAAGCCUACAAAUCAUGGUCUUUGUUAUCAGGUUUUGAAAGAGGAAAACUUAUAUCUAGUUUGGGACAAAAGAUAUUAGAAAAUCAGGAAACCUUGGCUCAACUAGAAGUGGAAAACAAUGGGAAACCUAUCUGGGAGGCCAGGUUGGACAUUCAAAGCUGUGCUGAUUGUUUUCUGUACUUUGGUGGGAUUGCUUCCACAGUCAGUGGGAAGCACAUUCAGCUUCCUAACAGUUCAUUUGGAUUGGUGAAAAGAGAAAGCCUUGGGGUUGUAGGAGGCAUAGGUGCUUGGAAUUAUCCUCUACAGACAUGUUCCUGGAAAGUGGCUCCUGCUUUGACUUGUGGAAAUACAAUUGUUUACAAACCAUCAGAACUCACUCCUUUGACAGCUUUAGCUUUGGCAGAACUUGCAAUCAAAGCUGGAAUUCCCAAAGGUGCUUUCAACCUGGUCCAGGGUUCAGGUGAAACCGGGAAAAAUCUUUGUUGCCAUCCUGAUGUGGCAAAAAUAUCUUUUACGGGAUCUGUCCCUGUCGGGAAAAAUAUAUUGAAGCUCGCUUCUAAUGACUUGAAGAGAGUUACGCUAGAACUUGGUGGAAAGAAUCCACUAAUUAUCUACGACGACUGCGACCUUGAAAACGCUGUCAAAGGUGCUCUUCUUGCAAAUUUUUUAUCUCAAGGACAGGUUUGUUCGAACGGUUCUCGUGUAUUUGUUCAACGCUCCAUCAUUGAACAAUUCACCAAAGAGUUUGUAAAAGCUACCUCUCAACUAGUUAUAGGCGAUCCCCUUGACGACAAAACUCAAGUUGGCGCAACCAUCUCUAAACCACAUGCUGAAAAAGUUCUUGCCUAUAUAGCGCGAGGUCUUGAAGAGGGGGCCAUCAAACUGUGCGGUGGUGAACGAGUUCAAAUGCCCGAUCCUUUUCAAAAUGGAUAUUUCAUCUCCCCAUGCAUUCUAACCAAUUGUCAUGACGACAUGACGGUUGUAAGAGAAGAAAUUUUUGGACCAGUCGCUACCAUUUUGCCGUUUGAUACCGAGGAAGAAGUUAUUCGUCGAGCCAAUCAAACUCCUUACGGAUUGAGUGCUGGCAUUUUUACAAAAGACCUGAGAAGAGCACACCGAACUUCGGACCGUUUGCAAUCUGGUACAAUUUGGGUGAACAACUUCAACGUCACACCAGUCGAAUUGCCUUUCGGUGGGUUCAAGCAGAGUGGCAUCGGUGUCGAAUGCAGUACUGAAGCCAUCCAAUGUUAUACUCAGUUGAAGUCAGUCUACGUUGAAAUGAAUGAUGUAGACUGCCCCUUGUACAAUUCCAAAUAGGCUAACAUCCAACGAGGAUUGACCUUUUAUUUUGGUGUUUGAAUUGUGUUUGGUCCUAGAGUUAGUCAGUUGGUAUGUCGUGAACAUGGCGAGCAUUAUUCAUUUUCAAUUUUGUACACAUUUUAUAAAAAAUGGCGAGAAAAUAAGAGAUACAAAAUCAUCCAUCA